AGAGGGACAUCGGAAAACCUGGCGUUUUGAGUGCCUCUACAUGCUUCAUGAUUCUUCUGACUGAUUGCAAAUUCAAAAUCUGCACUUCUGAUGUGCAGAAAGCAAGAGCGCGAGCAAGAAAUGAUCAUCUGGGGGCAGGGGAUGUCUCUCGGGACAUGUGAAGUUUUCUCAUGGCUGGAGGGAGGGACGAGAGAAGGGCCUGCUAAAUUCGUACUACGCCGUUUGCUGAUGAAAGAUUCUCAUUCAUCUUGCAGAAAUUCCCAGGCCCCAUCGUCCCCUUUAUCAGAGCCCACCAGUGUUCAGGAAACAGCCUGUCCUGCCAUGGGAAGAUCAGCCCGGUUAAACCUCAGCUGAAGGGAAAAACCAGCCCCGACACCUGCUGCUGGGGAACCCAGCAUUCUUCCCAGAAGUGGCAUCCCGGCAGGCAGCAGGAAGUGGAUAAUGUCUAAACAUGGUGCAUGGGACCGUGACUGUCACGCCGGAUUCGUUCUGGUACAAAUCAUCUUCUGACAUGAUCCCGGACUGUAAAAGAACUUGAAUCGGUUCACAGUCUGGCUGUGCUCAUUGGAGCUGAUUCGACUCGAUCUUCCCAAGUUUGCUCCCUCCCUCAAGAGAUACAGCCCGUGUGGAAAAGCGUGGAGGAUUUAUUCUCCUUUCUAGCGCAGUCACAUCUGGAAGCAGUCAGGGAGUCUACAGGGGAGGGGGUUUGGUCGUCAGAUUAUUGCAGAGAGGCUGGUGGUGUGCGCUCUCUCUCCGCAGGGCCACAGACUGACUACUCCCCUUUCUCUCCAAUAUGGACUGGACGCGGCCGAUUCUGCACUCUAUUUCCUAAACGAGGCGCGACGCAAACUACGCCUGUUGUGGAACAUCUCAGAUGGAAUCGAUCCUAUAUGAAGAUCGAAGCCCGUGAGAUCUGGAAUAUACACACCUUUUUACCUUUUGCUGCGCUUUCUGAAACGGUCUCUGAAACCUCCGCCCGCUUCUUCUGGCUCUUGCAGCAUCCUUUUCGAACCGUUUCCGAGCGAAUCGCGCCGAUUUGAUUAUCGAUUAUCAGCAAGUGGCGCUGGUAUCAUGUUUCUUAGGUAGGGCCCGGAUGUUCCAAAGAUGCACUGGUUCGUUUUCUUAGGUGGUUCCUGCGAUUAUCCUUUCCUGAUCUUUAGCUCCAUAAUGGGGAUCAGGUAAUAUUAACUAAGCCGCAAGAGAAGGAAUAUCUUACGCUUUGCGUUUUUCAUUUUUGCUUCCCCCCCUUUUUUCUUUCAUUUCUUUCCCUUGGGUUGUUUUUUUCCUACCCCCUCCUCUUUUUUUACAACCUUUUCUUCAUUCACCUUCGGAUAAAGCUGGACCACAUAUAUGGUAAAUGAAAGCAAAAACAUGUACAUACCGGAGGACACCCUUGAAAACCAUCAAGGCUCCAACUAUUCCAGCCCGUCGUUGGCUCCAGUCCCCAGUCUGAAUGAGGACGAGCGUGUGGGGGGUGGGGGUGGGGUGCUGGGUCUUGCACCUGAACACAUUCCCACCCCUGGCGCCUCCCUCAGCUGGCAGGCAGCCAUCGACGCGGCACGGCAGGCCAAGCUGAUGGGCACCUCCGGAGCCCCGAUCUCCACUGCGAGCUCCACGCAGCGCAAACGCCAGCACUACACCAAACCCAAGAAACAGGCCAGCACUGCCUCCACGCGCCCACCCCGAGCCCUUCUCUGCCUCACUCUUAAAAACCCCAUCCGCAGGGCAUGCAUCAAUAUCGUGGAAUGGAAACCAUUUGAAAUCAUAAUUUUGAUGACUAUUUUUGCAAACUGUGUGGCCUUAGCUGUCUACAUCCCUUUCCCCGAGGACGAUUCCAACGCAACCAACUCAAACCUGGAACGGGUGGAGUAUCUCUUUCUGAUCAUUUUUACGGUGGAAGCAUUUCUCAAAGUUAUUGCAUACGGGUUGCUGUGUCACCCUAAUGCAUACCUGCGGAAUGGCUGGAACUUGUUGGAUUUCAUCAUCGUGGUGGUAGGGCUGUUCAGUGCAAUAUUAGAGCAGGCCACUAAAGGGGAUGGUGGGACUUCAAUGGGAGGCAAGGCUGCAGGGUUUGAUGUAAAAGCCCUGCGAGCCUUUAGAGUGUUGAGACCUCUGAGACUCGUAUCUGGAGUACCUAGUUUACAGGUGGUGCUGAACUCCAUCAUUAAAGCCAUGGUUCCCCUCCUGCACAUCGCUCUGCUCGUUCUGUUCGUCAUCAUCAUUUAUGCCAUCAUCGGCCUAGAGCUCUUCAUGGGCAAGAUGCACAGAACUUGUUUUUUCUUCAAAGAUGGACUCAAAGGUCCUAUAUCUGAAGAGAAGCCGGCCCCCUGCGCCCCAAGCUCCACCCAUGGACGACACUGCUCCAUGGCCAACAUAACACAGUGCAUGAUGGGAUGGGCAGGCCCAAAUGAUGGAAUCACGAACUUUGAUAACUUUGCAUUUGCCAUGCUAACUGUGUUUCAAUGCAUCACGAUGGAGGGCUGGACUGACGUCCUGUACUGGAUGCAGGAUGCCAUGGGUUAUGAGCUUCCGUGGGUCUAUUUUGUCAGUCUGGUCAUCUUUGGAUCCUUUUUCGUUCUAAAUCUGGUUCUGGGUGUGUUGAGCGGAGAGUUCUCUAAAGAGCGAGAAAAGGCCAAAGCACGCGGUGAUUUCCAGAAGCUCCGUGAGAAGCAGCAGCUGGAGGAGGAUCUAAAGGGCUACCUGGACUGGAUCACGCAGGCGGAGGAUAUCGACCCUGAGAACGAUGACGACGGACUGGACGACGACAAGCCUAGAAAUCUGAGUAUGCCGGCCAGUGAAAAUGAGUCUGUGAACACUGAUAAUGCUCCCGCUGGAGACAUGGAGGGAGAGACCUGCUGUACUCGCAUGGCAAAUAGGAUCUCCAAAUCCAAAUUCAGUCGAUAUUCACGCCGAUGGAAUCGGUUAUGUCGGCGCACGUGCCGUGCAGCAGUGAAGUCAAAUGUGUUCUACUGGCUGGUGAUCUUCCUGGUGUUUUUGAACACACUUACUAUCGCCUCUGAGCACCACCAGCAGCCAGACUGGCUCACCAAUGUACAAGAUAUCGCCAAUAAGGUGUUGCUGGCUCUUUUUACCGGUGAGAUGCUGCUGAAGAUGUACAGCCUGGGUCUACAGGCCUAUUUCGUCUCCCUUUUCAACCGCUUCGACAGUUUUGUGGUGUGCGGUGGAAUUCUGGAGACUAUCCUGGUAGAGACUAAGAUCAUGUCACCCCUCGGCAUCUCUGUGCUGCGCUGUGUGCGUCUGCUCCGCAUCUUCAAGAUCACCAGGUACUGGAACUCUCUCAGUAAUCUAGUGGCGUCUCUGCUGAACUCGGUGCGCUCUAUCGCGUCCCUGCUUCUGCUGCUCUUCCUGUUCAUCAUCAUCUUCAGUCUGCUCGGAAUGCAGCUCUUUGGUGGCAAGUUCAACUUUGACGAGACGCGCCGCAGCACCUUCGAUAACUUCCCGCAGUCUCUCCUCACCGUCUUUCAGAUUUUGACCGGAGAGGACUGGAACUCUGUGAUGUAUGAUGGGAUCAUGGCAUAUGGUGGGCCCUCCUUUCCUGGCAUGCUUGUCUGCAUUUAUUUCAUCAUCCUCUUCAUCUGCGGAAACUACAUCCUCCUGAAUGUCUUCUUGGCCAUUGCCGUGGACAACCUGGCAGACGCAGAGAGUCUGACAUCUGCGCAGAAAGAGGAAGAGGAGGAGAAAGAGAGGAAGAAGCUGGCCAGAACGGCCAGUCCAGAGAAGCGGCAGAACUCUGAGAAACCACCUCUGGAGGAUGAAAAGAAAGAGGAAAAGAUUGAACUUAAAUCCAUCACUUCUGAUGGAGAGACUGCCACCAAGAUCAACAUAGAUGAGUACACAGGGGAGGAGAAUGAGGAGAAGAAUCCAUAUCCUGUGAACGACUUCCCAGCAGGAGAGGAGGACGAUGAGGAGCCAGAGAUGCCAGUAGGUCCUCGUCCACGUCCACUCUCUGACAUUCAGCUGAAGGAGAAAGCUGUCCCCAUGCCAGAAGCCAGGGCUUUCUUUAUUUUCAGCCCCAAUAACAAGUUCAGGGUUUUGUGUCAUAAGAUUGUAAACCACAACAUCUUCACCAAUUUAAUCCUGUUCUUUAUACUGCUGAGCAGUAUUUCACUGGCAGCGGAGGACCCAGUGAAUAAUGACUCAUUCAGGAAUCAGAUUCUAGGCUAUGCAGAUUACGUGUUUACAGGAAUCUUCACCAUAGAGAUCAUUCUGAAGAUGACAGCGUAUGGAGCAUUCCUACAUAAGGGUUCAUUUUGUCGGAAUUAUUUUAAUAUUUUGGAUCUGGUGGUGGUCAGUGUGUCUCUGAUCUCCUCUGGAGUUCAGUCAAGUGCCAUUAAUGUAGUAAAGAUUCUCAGAGUGCUGAGGGUGUUGAGGCCCCUGAGAGCAAUCAACAGAGCCAAGGGCCUCAAACAUGUGGUCCAGUGUGUGUUUGUAGCCAUCCGUACCAUCGGGAACAUCGUCAUCGUCACCACUUUGCUGCAGUUCAUGUUUGCCUGUAUUGGUGUUCAACUUUUCAAGGGCAAAUUCUUCUACUGCACAGACACCUCUAAACAGACACAUUCCGAAUGCAGAGGGUCCUAUAUAUUAUACAAAGAUGGGAAUGUUGGGAAACCAGAGAAAGCACAGCGUUCAUGGGAGAACAGUGACUUCAACUUUGAUGAUGUCCUGCAGGGCAUGAUGGCUCUGUUUGCCGUAUCCACUUUUGAGGGUUGGCCAGGGCUCCUCUACAGAGCCAUUGACUCCCAUACAGAGGAUGUUGGCCCAAUCUACAACUACCGUGUGAUCAUCUCUAUAUUCUUCAUCAUCUACAUCAUCAUCAUCGCCUUCUUCAUGAUGAACAUAUUCGUAGGUUUCGUCAUUGUGACAUUUCAGGAGCAGGGAGAGCAAGAGUACAAAAACUGUGAGCUGGACAAGAACCAGCGUCAGUGUGUGGAAUAUGCCCUGAAGGCCCGUCCCCUGCGCAGGUACAUCCCCAAGAACCCGUAUCAGUAUAAGGUUUGGUACGUGGUGAACUCUACCUACUUUGAGUACCUGAUGUUCACCCUCAUUCUUCUCAACACCAUCUGCCUGGCCAUGCAGCAUCAUGGCCAAUCUCAGUCGUUCAGCAAAGCCAUGAAUAUCCUCAACAUGUUGUUCACCGGCCUCUUCACUGUGGAAAUGAUCCUCAAACUCAUCGCCUUCAAACCCAGGGGUUACUUUAGUGACCCCUGGAAUGUUUUUGACUUCCUCAUCGUAAUUGGCAGCAUUAUAGACGUCAUUCUGAGUGAGAUCAACCAUUAUUUUGUUGAUGCAUGGAACACGUUUGAUGCCCUUAUUGUAGUGGGUAGUGUUGUUGAUAUAGCCAUCACAGAGGUUAACCCAGCUGACCCCUCCUCCUCUCCCCCCUCCUCUGUGGUAAGACCAAUGGGCCUCCAAAACACUGAAGAUAACGCCAGGAUCUCAAUCACAUUCUUUCGGCUGUUCCGUGUGAUGAGGCUGGUGAAGCUCCUGUCUCGGGGAGAGGGCAUUCGGACGCUGCUCUGGACCUUCAUUAAAUCCUUUCAGGCUCUUCCCUAUGUUGCUUUGCUGAUCGUGAUGCUGUUCUUCAUCUACGCCGUCAUUGGGAUGCAGAUGUUUGGUAAGAUUGCCCUGAGGGACAACAGCCAGAUCAACCGAAACAACAACUUUCAGACGUUUCCUCAGGCUGUUCUGCUGCUCUUCAGGUGUGCAACAGGGGAGGCAUGGCAGGAAAUCAUGCUGGCCUGUUCUCCGAACCGCCCGUGUGAGAAGGGGUCAGAGGUCAGCCACAACAGUGAAGACUGUGGCAGCCACUUUGCCAUCAUCUACUUUGUUAGCUUUUAUAUGCUUUGCGCCUUCCUGAUCAUUAACCUCUUUGUGGCCGUCAUCAUGGACAACUUUGACUAUUUGACACGUGACUGGUCGAUAUUGGGGCCGCAUCACCUGGAUGAGUUUAAGAGGAUAUGGGCAGAGUACGAUCCUGAGGCCAAGGGACGGAUAAAGCACCUGGAUGUGGUGACGUUGCUGCGCAGGAUUCAGCCUCCCCUUGGGUUUGGAAAGCUUUGUCCACAUAGAGUGGCGUGCAAGCGGCUUGUGUCCAUGAACAUGCCUCUCAAUAGUGACGGGACGGUGAUGUUCAACGCAACUCUCUUUGCUCUAGUACGAACGGCUCUACGCAUCAAAACGGAAGGUGUGAAAAUGUCAUAUACACACGUGCAGUUCAUAAGCAUGCAGAAAAUCAAUUCACAUGCCAACAUACACGCACCGAAAAGUCACUGUUUGUAUUUGUUUGUGUCAGGUAACCUGGAGCAAGCGAAUGAGGAACUCAGGGCCAUCGUGAAGAAGAUCUGGAAGAGGACGAGCAUGAAGCUGCUGGAUCAAGUCGUUCCCCCUGCUGGAGAUGAUGAAGUAACAGUGGGGAAGUUCUAUGCCACAUUCCUGAUUCAGGAAUACUUCAGGAAAUUUAAGAAGCGCAAGGAACAGGGCCUGGUGGCCAAAAUUCCUCCAAAGACUGCUCUUUCAUUGCAGGCUGGCCUGCGUACACUGCAUGAUAUGGGUCCUGAGAUCAGAAGAGCGAUAUCAGGAGACCUGACUGUGGAGGAGGAGCUGGAGAGAGCCAUGAAGGAAACCGUGUGUGCUGCAUCUGAGGAUGAUAUCUUCAGGCGGUCUGGCGGUCUCUUCGGUAACCACGUCAACUACUACCACCAGAGUGACGGCCACGCCUCCUUCCCACAGUCCUUCACAACACAGCGGCCGUUGCACAUCAGUAAAUCCGGGAGUCCUGGCGAAACAGAAUCUCCGUCUCAUCAGAAGCUUGUUGACUCCACCUUCACUCCGAGCAGUUACUCUUCCUCAGGAUCCAACGCAAACAUUAACAACGCCAACAACACAGCCAUCGGACACCGGUACCCCAAACCUACCGUCAGCACAGUGGACGGACACACGGGACCGCCCCUCACCACCGUCCCACUGCCACGGCCCACAUGGUGCUUUCCUAACAAGAGGAGCUGUUUCUAUGACACUUUCAUGCGCUCUGAUUCCAGUGACAGUCGUCUCCCUAUAAUCCGGCGAGAGGAAGCAUCUACAGAUGAGACGUACGAUGAAACAUUACUAGAUGAGAGAGAUCAGACCAUGCUCUCCAUGGACAUGAUGGAAUUUCAGGAUGAAGAGAGCAAGCAGUUGGCUCCCAUGGUGGAGGCGGAUGUAGGGGAGGAGAGGAGGCCGUGGCAGUCUCCACGGCGACGGGCCUUUCUCUGCCCCACUGCACUGGGUCGACGGUCUUCCUUUCACUUGGAGUGUCUGAGAAAACAUAACAGACCUGAUGUUUCUCAGAAAACAGCACUACCACUGCAUCUAGUGCAUCAUCAGGCUCUGGCUGUGGCAGGGUUGAGUCCCUUGCUGAGACGGAGUCAUUCUCCGACGCUGUUCACGCGUCUGUGUUCCACACCUCCUGCGAGUCCCAGCGGCCGUGGCGGGGGAGGGCCGUGCUACCAGCCCGUUCCGUCUCUGCGGUUGGAGGGCAGCGGAUCUUACGAGAAACUCAACAGCAGCAUGCCGUCUGUGAACUGCAGCUCGUGGUACAGUGACAGUAAUGGCAACCACAGGGGGAGCGUGCAGAGGACGCAGCGACCCGUGUCCCUCACGGUUCCUCCGGUCACACGCAGAGACUCCAUAUCCGUGGCACAUGGGAGCGCCUGCAGCCUCGUGGAGGCGGUGUUGAUAUCCGAGGGUUUGGGUCACUAUGCACAGGAUCCCUCCUUCAUCCAGGUAGCGAAGCAGGAACUAGCGGACGCCUGCGACAUGACCAUGGAGGAGAUGGAGAACGCUGCCGACAACAUUCUCAAUGCCAACGCGCCACCCAAUGCCAACGGAAACCUGCUACCCUUCAUACAGUGCAGAGACACUGGCUCCCAGGAGUCCCGUUGCAGCCACACGCUGAACCUCUCGACCGCCACGGGCUCCGAUGAGCUGCUGGGGGUGGAGUUAGAGUGCUCCGAGGGGGCGGGGCAGCGGAACAGCACUCUGAUGGAGGACGAGGACAUGGAGUGCGUGACCAGUUUGUAGGGGGAACAGCAGCACGGAGGACUUCCUGUGUCUUAGCCCAGCUCUCUCUGAGGACACUGCUGUCCUGCAGUCUGACCUGUCUGUUGCGUGUACCUACUGUAGGGGUAUAAGGCCAUUCUGCUUAGCUGAGACCGAGUUGGUUUUUAGUUCGUCCGUGUGUUUGCGAGAGCACGAGCGAGUAGGAGUGUGUACUGUACAUGUUUGUGUGUGCGUUUCUAAAGUGCCUCACAGUUCUCACAACCUUGAUUGCAGUAAGGAAACCCUGGCUGAGCAGGGAAUGAAGGGAAAAGAUGCGCUGCCGUUGCUCAAGCAGUGGGAUAGCGAGUUUGCGCUGACUCGUGUGUGGCUGUAGGAUUUGGAGGCCACAUCUUCGGCGUUGACGUGUGGUGCCGAGCAGGUGGAUCUUGAGGACCGUGUCGGGAAUUUGCCGCCCGGGUUCGAAAGAUGUUCAGAGGGACACAUUGGAGUGGCUCUCUCUUUCCUUUCAUGGGGCUGUCCAACCAUCCAUCCAUUCAUCAGGAGAAGUGUCGUUUGCAAGCGCCCUCAUGUCAUCCUUCUCCUUUAAGGCUUUCUCUUGUGUUCAGAUGAUGAUUUUUGCUGCUUUUUGAGUUUGAUUUCUACCCACAAUUCUCUAGUUAGCUUUUCUGUUAAUCAGCGGAAGACUGAACUCCCUGAAUUGCUCUCUUUUUUCGUGUACCGUUACGGCUUUCAGGCAGCUGCUAGCUGUGCAAGGUACAGGUCAUUGCAUCAGUGGCCUUUUAUUCCAGAUCUGCUUCAGUUUUUAUUUCCUUUUUUUUAUUUUUCAGCAUUUAGUGUUCGUAAUGUUGUUUAUCUUGGAUUGCACACAGAUGAAUGCUGUUUUAUUUCUUCCUAAAUUAUUAUUAUUAUUGAAGGCGUUUAAGAUGUUUAUGCCAGAUGCAGUGUUGUGAAUCUAAUGCCUCUUACAGACACAAAAAAAAUAUUUAUUUAUUUAUUCCUGUCAGAGGUGAAGCGUGUUCUGCCGGGGGUUUAUUGGUAGCUCACAAGCUGUAAAUGAGCGGUGUCACUCUCCUUGGACUCACGUUUGCUCUGAAACUACUGAUGUUUCUUCACUGCUGAUCAUUCAGCCGACAGCUGCGAUUCUGUCACGAUCCCACCUGCUCGACACAGGGAACAGCAGAUCUUCGGAAGGUCAGUAAAGGUGCACUUUGAGGAGAUUAAGAGUGGAGUAUUCAGGGAUGUCUGGGUAGCGCAUCAUUUAAAAAACAAAACAAAAAAACUCUGCUGUAGUUCACACAGGGCUAAAUAUAUGACCAUCAUUAUGAAAGUACCAACAUCAGCAGUGUCAUCAUCAUACAAUGUUAUUGAUUGCUAUUAUUAUGAUUAUUAUUGCUAUUAUUGUUAAGGAUAUUUUUCUGCUGGGUUUAGCACUGUUUCCAUGCAGUUCGGCAGACACACAGAGAACUACUUAUCAAUCUAUUAUGCAAAUAAGGUGUUGAAGCGUUAACAUUGUGUUGGUAAUGUGUCGACGGGAUGGAAGGCGUCCCCUAAACACAUGCGCUGAUGAGAAACCUGACCAAUCCACUUCCAGGCGUCUCUCUGUUCAUGCCACACUAGACCGGGUUAGAAGUUCUGUCACCGUUUUGCACACAACUUCAGACGAUAUGAAUUUCUCUUUCAAUGUAUGAAUAGAUAAUUGAUUAUUUUUGUCUAGCUAACUCUUCACUUUCUACACUGAGCGUCUUGGCGUUUUGUUCCAGGCCUCGAACAUCGCAUUCAAUCUCAGUCUCCAGUCCUGUGCCGGUUUUAUUUAUUUGUAAUUUUUUUGAAUGAGUUCCUGAAUGUUUACAGGAGGUCUCUGCUCUGAGGAAGAUGCAAAGCUUGUGGAAAAAAAAAAAAACGUGACAAAUGUAGCCAGAACCCACCUGCUCUGUUCCAAAGCCGCCACCACACCCUCAUAUCUCCUACACACGUGCCAUAUGUCAUUGUGAGGCUGUCCCAGGCAUAUUUCGAGGCCUUGGUUGUGUACGUGUGCGAGUUUCUCCAUGUUUAGCAUAUGCAGAGUGCGGAAACGAGCGUGCUUGUGUGGUGUUCGUGCAGGAUGAGUGUGUGAGUGCAUGCGUAUGUGCUUGCAUACCACAAGAUAUGCAAAAACAAUGCAAUAACUUUGACUGUACAACAGUUUCCUUCAGAACUACAGCUGUACAAAAAUCUAAGAUACAGAGAGAAAUAUAUUCACUGUUGUGUAUUAAGUUACAGAACUUUAAAUUGAAGAAACCUGUCAUACUUGAAAUCGGGUGCAUUUGAGUAUUGAGUAUUUUGAAAUAAUCUUGUGCGGGUCAAGUUUGGUUCGAUGUUUUUUCUUCUGUUGGUUUCAAUUAUCUCUGCAUGAGGAUUCUUUUGGUGUGCCAAGUGUUCUGAGUAACUAUUUUUUUGUUGUUGUCGUUUUCAUUUGAAACACUGAGGAAACACUGAUGACGAGGAGCGAAGGUGUAAAUACAGACGGAGGAGAGAAGCAUCUCGGUGUGAAAAUGAUUUUGCAUAUCUUGUGCUCAGCUGAAAGGUGCAUGAUACGCAAGAGCAGCUCUCUCUCUUUCACUCUCGCUGUUUCCCCCUUUAUCUUUUCAUUCGCGUACCCUCCUUGUCCUUUCUUCGGCAGACAUCACAGUGAAGGCGUUUUUUCACGGCACCCGUGCGCCGGUGAACGGGCUCACUUUAAAUAGUUGGUCAUGCACAUAAAUUCUCGCCAUUAUUUGAGGCUGCAAGCGGAAACAUUAGAAAUCCCCUUUCUUUUCUCAAGUCUCAUGGACAAUCUGCGUUCGGCGAGGAGAUUUAGGUUGGAAAUAAUGGAUUUGGAUGCUAUGCUUGAAUUUUUUUUGUUCUCGUUUUUGGUCGUGUUUGCAUGGAGUCUAAAGAAUCGAACUAGCGGACAGAGUCCUCCUCUCCCUUCAUUAGCCAAUGAUUGUAUAUUUUUAUAGACUUAUAGAAAAUAAUUAACACAUGAAAAGAGACCAUAUAAACUCAUCUAUAUCUGCUGAAUGUCAGGGUUAAAAUGGCUACACACAACCGUGUUUGAGAAUGUAUGUAGUGACUACGUAUAGAUAGAGAAAUAUAGAGUAAAUCAUUCAUAUUUACCGCAGUAGCUCCUUUUGAAACUCUGGUCGUACGGCCUGUUAUUAAACAGGAUGGUUGGGUGUUUUUACUGAGGGAGGAGUGCAAUGAGAUUAAUCAUGUGAUUUUGAAUCCGAGGGCUUUUUCACAGCUGCUUUAUUCAGAUCAACACAUCACUUUCCCCUCCGAGCACCUGCACAUGAUAGAACAGUGUGGAAAAGCCACGAGCUUUCAUGACACAAAAGCAGCGCCUGUGUUGAAUGAAUCCUCUAAUGAAUGAACA